AUGAACAAAUUUGGUCUCCGACGUCGUGUUGCUCGUUCCAAACCACUUUUGACUCCUCUCCAUCGACGCCUACGUAGGGAAUGGGCUCUCAAGAACAAAAACCUCGACUGGACACAGGGUUUAUACACUGAUGAGGCAAAAGUUUGGAUAGGGGGUGGGACAAUCCAAUGGGUGACAAGAAUGGAUCACGAAGCAUUCAGUACCUUGUGUGUCAAGCCUAGAGUAAAGAAGGGACAUGGGGUGAUGCUUUGGGCCGGUAUUUGUCAUGGAGGAAGGACAGAAUUGAUCAGAGUUGACACAUCUAAGAGCAAAUCGAAGAGGAAAGGAAUGAAAGGGAACAUCUAUCUUGAACAGAUCGUGAAAAAACCUCUACUUGCUGCUUGGAGGAAGCUAGUUCAACAAUGGCGUGGUUAUGGGACUCCCUUCAUUCUACAGGACAAUGUAAAGCUCCACUGGACCCCGGAAAAUUGA